AUGGCCAACUUUCUCGCCUCCAUUUUCGGCACCGAGCAGGACAAGGUCAACUGCUCCUUCUACUACAAGAUCGGCGCCUGCCGGCACGGCGACCGGUGCUCGCGGAAGCACGUCAAGCCCUCGUAUUCGCAGACGAUCCUGCUGCCGAGCAUGUACCAGAACCCCGCGCACGACCCCAAGUCGCGGCUCACCCCGGAGCAGUGCAUGAACCACUUUGACGCCUUCUACGAGGACCUGUGGUGCGAGCUGUGCAAGUACGGCGAGCUCGAGGAGCUCGUCGUGUGCGACAACACCAACGACCACCUCGUCGGCAACGUCUACGCGCGCUUCAAGUACGAGGACUCGGCCCAGAAGGCCUGCGAGAGCCUCAACGCCCGCUGGUACGCCGGCAGGCCCAUAUACUGCGAGCUCAGCCCCGUCACCGACUUCCGCGAGGCUUGCUGCCGCCUCAACUCGGGCGAGGGCUGCAACCCGACCCCGGAGCUCGACCGGGACCUCACCCUGUCCACAAAGAAGUGGCUCAAGAUGCGCGGCCGCGACGAGAAGAGCAUGUCGCGCAGCCCGAGCCCGGAGCCGACGAGGAAGCGGUACUAG